GCUUGGCCUGCUUCCGAUAGGAUCAGUGGAAGCGGCAGCCGAGGCGGUGCGGAGCUGGGCCUGUCUGCGGAGCUUUUCUCAGGCGGGAGCAGACAUGGCGGCGGCUUUCCGGAAGGCCGCUAAGUCCCGGCAGCGCGAACACAGAGAGCGAAGCCAGCCCAGCUUUCGAAAACAUCUGGGCCUGCUGGAGAAAAAGAAAGAUUACAAACUCCGUGCAGAUGACUACCGGAAAAAGCAGGACUACCUCAGAGCUCUCCGGAAGAAGGCUCUUGAAAAAAAUCCAGAUGAAUUCUACUAUAAAAUGACUCGGGUUAAACUCCAGGAUGGAGUUCAUGUUAUUAAGGAGACAAAGGAAGAAGUGACUCCAGAACAGCUGAAACUGAUAAGAACUCAGGAUGUCAAAUAUAUAGAAAUGAAAAGGGUUGCAGAAACUAAGAAAAUUGAAAGACUAAAAUCAGAGCUCCAUCUGCUGGAUUUCCAGGGGAAGCAACAGAAUAAGCAUGUGUUUUUUUUUGACACCAAAAAGGAAGUUGAACAGUUUGAUAUUGCAACUCACCUGCAAACAGCCCCGGAACUAGUCGACAGAGUCUUUAAUAGACCCAGGAUAGAGACUUUGCAGAAGGAGAAAGUGAAAGGAGUUACCCAUCAGACUUCACUUAAGCGGAUAGCUAAAGAAAGGCAAAAACAGUAUAACUGUCUGACACAGCGGAUUGAGCGUGAGAAGAAAUUGUUCGUUAUUGCUCAGAAAAUUCAAACCCGCAAAGAUCUUCUGGAUAAAACACAGAAGGUGAAGGUGAAGAAAGAAACAGUGAACUCCCCAGCUAUUUACAAAUUUCAGAGCCGUCGAAAACGUUAAAAGUGUUACAGAGCAGCUUUGUCAUUCCACAUGGAAGAGAAUUCCAUGCUUUUUCUCCUAGUAACUGCAAAUUUGUCUCAGUGACAUGGUUUUCCUGUUUGUAACUGUAAGUUAUUGUAGAUCUGGCAUGUUUUUCUAUGAACAACAUUAAAGCCCCUUCCCCUAUCUUACUCUUUUGGGGUUGUGAAAUCAGUCUUAUUUUUAUAUACUUACUUUUUUUUCAUUAUGAAAGUUAAAUAAUCUUCAUUACAAAAAUUUGGAAAAUAAAUGAGUUCAUCCCUAA